ACACCUUCCAGCCAGCCAGCUUCAGACCUACCCUCAGCCUCAUUCAAGAUGCACUUCACAGACGUCCUCAUUGCCCUCGCGGCUCCCGCUCUCAUCAGCGCUGCGGCUAUCCCCCAGGACCCUGAGUUCCCUGAGGGCGAGUUCCCCGAGGACCCCAUCGUUGGCGGAACCACCGCCAGCGCUGGCGACUUCCCCUUCAUCGUCUCCAUCCAGCAGGGCGGAAGCCACUUCUGCGGUGGUUCGCUGCUGAACGCCAACACCGUCCUGACCGCCGCUCACUGCGCUGUCGGACAGACUGCUUCCAGCCUUCAGAUCCGCGCUGGCUCUCUCAGCCGUACCUCCGGCGGAACCGUCGUCAAGGUGUCCUCCAUCAAAGUCAACCCCUCGUACGCCGCCGGCACCUACAACAACGACGUUGCCAUCAUGAAGCUCGCCACCUCCAUCCCCACCAGCUCCACCAUCAGCUACGCCAAGCUCGCCUCUUCUGGCUCCGACCCUGCCGCUGGCACCGGCCUCACCGUCGCCGGCUGGGGCACCACCAGCUCCGGCGGCCAGUCCCUGCCCGUCAACCUCCUCAAGGUCGACGUGCCCGUCAUCAGCCGCUCCACUUGCAACUCCAACUACGGCAGCGGACGCAUCACGACGGCCAUGUUCUGCGCUGGCCUGUCCCAGGGUGGAAAGGACUCGUGCCAGGGUGACUCUGGCGGCCCCAUCAUCAACACCUCUUCGCGCGUGCAGGUUGGUGUGGUUUCUUGGGGUGAGGGUUGCGCGUCUGCGGGUGCGCCUGGUGUCUACUCCAACUUGGGCCAGAGCAGCCUUGCGAGCUUUGUUGCUGCCAACUUGUAGACACACUUUAUGAAUGGAUGAGUUAUGGUUCUAAGUUGGAGAAGGAAGUGGUCUUGGUUGGUUGGAACUGAUGUAUGUCUCAGCCACAGAUUAAUUCUUGGUAAAUACUUUUUCAAAUGCGUCAUUGAAUUGAAAAUUGUUUUUUUCUA